AGAUGGUCAUUGGUGUUUGGACACGCAGUUUGCACCAUCACGAAGCAUGCAACAAGGUCAACCAUCUGCCAGAGCCGCAGCGCUGCAGAUUCGUAAGGGACACUGCGGACUGCAGGGAUAAUAUGUACCUGAUCAACUACCUCACGUGGCACUACUGUCACGUGGACUCGCGGAACAAGUUCAACGCCUUUUGGAGUAUGCUGGCCAUGACCGUCUUUGCCAGCUACAUCUUCUGGAUGAUGCAGAUAUCCGUGGGGGCAUACUUCUGUCCCACCCUCAAGGUACUGGCGGACACCUUUAGAAUGAACGAGAACGUGGCUGGGGUGACGCUGCUGACAAUAGCCAAUGGGUCGUCAGAUCUGUUUACGGCUGUGGCCGGGAUGCUGGUCUUCUCGAAGUGGGGCUUCCUCGUGUCCAUGACGCAGUCCCUGUUCCAGCACACAUUCGUGGCUGGCAUGGUGAUACUCACGCGCCCCUUUUACGUGGAGCCGUGCUACUUUCUGAGGGACUUUGGCUUUCUCUUCCUAAACACAGCCUUCAUGGACUUCAUCCACAAGCGGGAGUCGGGCAUCACAAAACUGGGAGCCAUUCCCGGGGCCCUCAUCUACUUGGUCCAUGUUUUUGUGGCCGUCAUAGAUCAGAGACUGCUGACGGCUCGCGUUCAUCAUCUGCAGAAAAUUGAGGACAGCGAACAGCAGGCGGAGCAACUGGAGGAGCUCAAGAGGCAAACGGAGCUGGGUGUCCACCGCGAGAGGAUCGAUCGCAGUGCUUCCCGUGGAAGUGCAAACAGGCAUCUCUUCCAGCAGUUCUGGGAAUCGCUCUUCAGGUUCGACAAGGACAAAUUCCGGCGCGGGUCCUUUGGAGUCCGAUUCUACCUGCUCGUCAAGGAGCCCAUGGAAAUGCUGCUCCGUCUGCUGGUCCCAGUAGUGGACGUGGAGAGGCCCAAUCACGGCUGGUCCAAGCUGCUCUGCUGCCUGCAGUUCAUCAUCGCCCCCACCUACAUCUUCUUUAUAUUGCUGAAAGAUGUCUCCCUUUUGGGCACGGCCGCCUACAUAAUGACCUUCUACAUAAUGCUACCCUUGGGCUGCAUCAUCUUCUGGCGCACUCGCACUGACACCACUCCAAAAUUCUUCAGGUUCACGGCCAUCCUGGGCUUAAUUGCCGUCAUCUUUCUGAUAUUUUUCCUCACCUCGGAGGUGAUGGCGAUGUUCUUCACCAUCGGCACCAUCUGGCACUUGAGCCAGUCCUUUGUCAUGGCCACCGCGAUCUGCUGGGCAAUCAACGCUGGCGAUCUUGUGGCCAGCAUAACGCUAGCACGUCAGGGAUUUCCUCGCAUGGCAUAUGCGGCCACCUUCUCCUCGCCAGUGUUUGGAACCUUUGUCAAUCUGGCUCUGCCCCUGGCCCUGGAGACGACCGUACGCUCCGUGGGAAAUACAUUUACAGCGGAAGAGGGCAGCUAUGGGGAGACUGCCUGCAUCUUCGUGGAGGUGGGCCUGGUCUUCACUCUGAUGUCCGCUCUGACCACCAACUUCCAGAUGCGACGCGCCUGCGGCAUGCUCCUCGUGGCCUACUAUCUGUUCUUCCUGGCAUAUCUGCUGCUGCUCGAGACCGAUGUGAUCCAUGCGUAUGGCGUGGAUGAUUAGAGAGAGGCGGCGAGAGACUUCCCAUAGAUCCAUCAAAUAUGCAAAUUCUCCCCCAGAUGA